AUGCCCCCCAAACGUGCCCUGUUCUCUCUAAACGUCGACUCGGAAGCCGACCACAUCUACCAGCGUGUCAACGACCAUUCGAAGCCAGGAAAGGAAAAGACUAAGGUCCUUGAAUGCUCGGGACCGACUGUAGGACACACGGAUUUGCAAUUCGUCACCAAGCCGUUUGAAAAGCUGGUUAACCGGACGGUUGAGGGCGUCGAAGAAGGAAGCGGAAAAAAGGUCCACAGCGCAGAAGGCGAACUCACAUAUUCGAGCCAACGCAGCUCCAGCGGUUCCGGCACGAAGACAGUCAAAGACUCGACUCGCAGCAAGCGCCGCAUCGAGCAGCAGUACGACACAUCGGACCUCUAA